AUGGAACAGAAGUUAAAAGAAUAUAGAGCUCUCAGAAGACGUCAACAGUUCAUUGAUAACGUAAAAACCAAACUGGAAGAUUCUAAACAAAAGUUUAUAAAUUUUUUAGUACCUAAUAAAGUAGUUGAUAUGGAUAAGAAGGAAGAAGAAGUUAUAUUGUUGGAAAAUGAAGAACAGGAUACAUUACUUUAUAAUUCUAAGUCACAACUAGAAGAUUCAACUGAUGUCACAUCUGAAGUUAGUGAAAUAGAAACUCUUGAAGAAAACCAGGAAUCUUGGAGCACUAAGCCUAAGAAACAAGGUGAAGUCUCUGCAUACAGUGUUUUUAAUAAGGAUUGUAAAAGUAUUGAUGGAACUUUAAAAGCUGAACAAUUUGAAAAAGAAAUAAGAUAUGGUGCAGGAACAGUUAGGUCAUUUUAA